AUGUUUCUGUUCCUUUACCUGGUCAUCAGCCUGGGCCUCUCUGCAUCUGGUGUUGUGAGGGGAGAAGGUGAGGCUGAUUCCAAUGGAGACAGCCCACUUCAAGACAUACAGAAAAAAGUGAAUGACCUGUGGCAGAAUUUACUCUACCCACAGUUCAUCAAUGAGACGACUAACCGGAUAGGUUAUGCCACUUGUGAAGUCAAGCCCAGCUCCAAUCUAGAUGCUGACAAGCCACAGGUGACAGGCCAAGUCUUGUUCAGACAGUCCUACCCAAAUGGAAAACUAGAGGCUCUCUUUGACUUGAAUGGGUUUCCGUCAGGCAGCAAUCAGUCUGGCAGAGCUAUUCACAUCCAUAAGCUCGGAGACCUCAGCAACAGCUGUGACUCUACUGGGGGGCACUAUAACCCUUUCAACGUGAACCACCCUCGCCAUCCAGGGGAUUUUGGCAACUUCUACUCUAAAGAAGGCAAAAUUAGAAAAUACAAGCCAAAUCUGCUCGCCACUCUGUUUGGCCCCUACUCCAUCAUGGGGAGAUCCAUUGUGAUCCAUGAGCAGGAAGAUGACAUGGGCAAGGGUAACAAUAAAGCCAGUUUGGAGAAUGGAAACGCUGGCAGACGUCUAGCUUGCUGUGUCAUUGGGAUAUGCAACAAGAAUUUAUGGGAGCAAAAGUUUCCUGACAUUACAGAGAGGAGGAAGAAGAGGAUCACAAAUGAGCACAAAACAACCAGGCCUAACUAA